CAAAGCACACACGUUUAAACUCUGAGCACCAUGCUUCUGUUGAAGUUAAUUCUAACUUUAAUGGGUGUAUUUCACUCCCGCUCUGUAAACAAUGAUCUGCAUGCAUACCUUCCUGGGGACAUUAUGAUUGGGGGUCUUCUUCCAAUCCACCAAAAAACUAACAGAACAGAAGAACCGGGUCCAAUCUCCUGCAAAGAAUUUAAUAUUCAUCUUUUUCUGCACUCCCAAGUGAUGAUCUACGCCAUCCAAGAAAUAAACCGACGUACACCAAGACUGCUGCCAAACCUCACCCUCGGAUAUGACAUCUAUGAUACUUGUGGAGACGUCAGCUUGGCCAUUAGAGCCGCUCUGCAGCUGCUGAAGAACCAGUCAGACCCUCAGAGGUGUCUCAUACCUGCGUACAUCAAUUCCUCCUUGCCUGAACCCAAGACAAAGGCGGUAAUUGGUGAGAGGUACUCGGAGGUCUCCAUAGCUGUUGCAAGGAUACUAGCUUUACCAUCAGUCACCCAGAUUAGUUAUGCAUCAACCAGUGAGCUGCUCAGCAUGAAAUAUAAGUUCCCCACCUUCCUAAGGACUGUUUCCAGUGACAAAUAUCAGACACAAGCCAUUUUAGAGCUGGUGAAGAAUUUUACAUGGCAAUCAGUGGUAAUCGUGGGAAGUGAUGAUGAAUAUGGGAAGUAUGGUAGUGACAGCCUUGAGAAACACUUUGAGGAGAAUAAUAUCUGUGUGGAUUUUGUAGAGAUUCUACCUGGUAACUUCAAUGAAAACUCUUCAACAGCAAAAGAUCUGAUUGAAAAGAUAACCACGUCCACAGCUGAGGCCAUCAUCAUGUUCACCAAAGAUGCCAAUGUUCGUAUCAUCCUGGAAGCAGUAAUUAAACAAAAUAUCACCAGGAACUGGAUUGCCAGUGACACCUGGUCUACUUCUCCAAAGAUCUCUGAGAUAAAAGGCAUCGAACUGAUCGGUCCAGUUUUUGGAUUCAUCUUUAGUCAGAAUGAGGUUCCUGGUUUCCAAAAUUACGUCCGUUCUCUCUUUAAUGGAACUUCAAAUGCCAUUUUAAGGCAUUACUUGCUUUCCAUAAAUAACUCCAAAGAGGACAUGGAAUGUAACUGCCAGGAAAAGACUUCCAAGCCAAACUGCUUGCACUGCUACAUUGACCACGGUGAAUCCUAUGGCAUCUAUCUGGCCGUCCAGGUUAUUGCUGAGGGCCUCAGAAGCUUACUAAAAUGUGACCAUCAGAGCUGUGAACGGACCAGAUUCACACCUUUUGAGCUUUUCAAAGAAAUCAGCAAUAUCAAAAUUACUGUGAACAACACAACUAUCAACUUUGAUGCGAAUGGGGAUCCCAGUUUGGGAUAUGAUAUUAUGCUUUGGAACACCUCAGAGUCCAAAGGAGGUGUGGACAUAAGAAAAGUUGGAGAAUACUGGCCAAAUAAGAACAUUUCCUUUAGUGAAGAUCUAUCACAAUGGAGGAAUUAUGGGAAUGUCUCUGUUUUUAAUUGCUCCAAAAAAUGCCAACCAGGACAAAUCCUGAAAUCAAAGGAAAGGGGAGGCUGCUGCCAUGAAUGCAGUGACUGUUCAUCUGAAGAAUAUUCAUUUGGAAAUGAUACAAAAUGUUUAAAAUGUAAAGAGUGGGAGUACUCACCAGAGGACAAAAGGAACACUUGCGUGAAUAAAACGGACGAGUUUCUUGAGUGGUCAGACCCCUUCGCCAUCAUUUUGAGCAUAAUGGCUGUGCUUUCAAUAAUUGUUACAGUUCUUAUUGCUAUCAUCAUCGGUGUCCACUGUGGAACUCCCAUCGUUAAGGCAAUUGGAGGUUGCUUGUGUUUUGUGGAGCUCGCCUCUUUGCUUCUCAGUUUCUGCCUAACGUUCACCUUUAUAGGGAAACCAACAGCACAUUCCUGUGUAGGUAUUCCUCUCUUUGGCAUCACUUUUUCUCUCUGCAUCUCCUGUAUUUUGGCCAACCUCAUUCAGAUCAUGGUGGGAUUCAGCUUCGACCAGAGGAUUUACUUAAGGAUUAAGAAGCUUAACCACCCAGUAGCUGUGGUGGUGAUCAUCUCUGGUGUGCAGGUGGGGUUGUCCAUCGCCUGGCUAAUUCUUCUCCCACAUAGUCCUUUGAAAGUGCAGAAAGCUACAACCAUAUUGUACCAGUGCAAAAUGCAUAAGGAGUUCUUCAUAUUUUUUGCAGUAACAGUAGUUUACAACUCUUUCUGGGGAUUUGUUUGUUUCAUUAUUGCAUUCAGAGGUAGACAGCUACCUGACAUUUACAAAAACACGACAUUAAUCACUUUGAGCAUGGUGCUGUUUUUAAUCAUAUGGAUUAUUUUCCUCCCAAUUUUCCUCACUAUGGAAGGAAAGUACAAAUCCGCUAUAAGCGGCAUGGCCAUUCUCAUUUCUUGCUUCAGUAUCCUUGGCUGUCACCUGGCUCCCAAGUGUUAUAUUAUCCUGUUCAGAAAAGACAUUAAUAAUCAGAAUGCUAUCAGUGAGUACAUUAGAAAACAUUAUGAGAGGAAAAACCUACCUGUGGUAACAUCAUCAUGAUCAUACUUUGUCCUGAUUUUGGAUGAGCAGCAAAACAAUAGAUGUAAAGCCAUUUAUUUACAUACAAUCUAUACAGGGAUACAACCUUUUAAUUUCUACUAUGACACCGAUAUUGGGAAUCUAAAUAUUAACCGAUAGUGAUGAUUAUCCAAAAUGAUAUCAACAUAAUUCAGACGUACUGGUUUGGAAAAUAAGAAAAUGCUUCAUCAAGUGAUAUUAUGCAGAAAACAAUAUUCAACAAACAGAAUAGUAAUACUGACCUAUGUGUUAAUAACCAAUGGGUUACAUAAACGUUAUGUUUAAAGUAGGUAGAAGAGCAGAGUUUUUAUCAGCAUGCUAAUCUAGGAAAUUGAGGAUGCACAGCAAUACAUGUGGACUGAUUUCUGAUAUCAAUAUCAUUUUGGGAAAUCUGUAGGUGGAACAUCAUGUGGAAAUAUUAAACCAACAUCUGGAGCCAGAAACUUCAAGCUUGGAAACAAAUGGGUCUUACAAAGUGAGUGGUCAUCUAGCUAAAUUAGAAAGUCACUCCAAGACAACAAGGUCUUUAAGCCACACAGUUUAAAUGACAACUUUUAAAUAGGAGUAUGUAACCCUCUGAAGUUCCAUGGAGAAAAAUGUAUUCUCCAAAAAGCUUCAUUAUUCUAAGCAUUUAGCAAAGAAAGAAAUGUUGAGAAAUCCUAAUCAACCAAAAAAGGCAAAGGUUUAGUCAUAUAUAUCGUCAGACUUGCUUCCUUGGAUUCCAUUCAGUGUAUUUAUUUAGAUUUAUUCAAAGUUUUAAAUCCUUCCUUCUGUCAACACAGUGGAAAUCCUAAACUUGCUUUUAGUAAAAUGUUUUAAUAAUUGAUUAAAUCAAUAUUUGAACUUCCAG